AUGAAGGGCGUUCUUUCCCCAGCAUAAAACUUGACAGAAGUUCCUGCAACUAUAAAAUGUGCUGGUGCCAAGGAAAGAAGCAGAGAUAACCACAGCCAUGGAGCAACUUGGUUAUAACAAACAGGAAAAUUCUGAUUGUAUGGAACUCGAAAUGAAGGAACCAAGCAGGAAAAGAGGUUGCCGCUUCUUUUAUUCUGCCCAAAGGAAUACCACUGAAAUCCUGUGUGCCUUGCUGCUGAUCUGCUUCGUGAUCUUCACAGCUGUCAUUAUAGCAAACCAAGGAAAAACAUCCAGGGAGCUGUCCGACGUGAGGCUGAAGAUUGAGAAAAUCCCAGUGAAUUCCACAAAAGAUCUGUCAGACUUUCUGUACUCAAUAGGGAUGUCCAAAGAAUUGAAGACAAUCAACAGUCAGCUUCUUCAUGUGUCUAAGGAAGUAGACAACACAAAGUUGAAACUAAGAGAAAUCCAAGCAGAUUCUAAGAAAGAUCUUCAGAACUACACAGAUAUAAAGAGCCUCACACAUUCUAUGUUCAGGGAACUGACUGAGGAGCUGACUGAGGUGAAAAGAGCCUGUAACGGGUUUCAAAAUAUCUUGAGCAGCAUACAGGAGGAAAUACGGAAUCUGUCCGAUGCCAUAUGUACAGGAUGUCCACAAGGCUGGCUACCUUUUCAGAAAACCUGCUACUACUUUUCAACCUCAACUAAAUCCUGGACCAAUGCUAAGGAGUUCUGUAUUGAUCAAGGAUCCCACCUGGUUAUUGUUAAUACUGAACAUGAAAAUAGGUUUCUGUCCAACUACAUUCUUGACUCCCGUGCUUAUUGGCUGGGCCUAACUGACACAGAGAAGGAAGGAGACUGGCAGUGGUUGGAUGGCACCUCCCUUUCUCUCCGGUUCUGGAACACUGGGGAACCCAACAAUGUUGGACAACAGGGUGAAGACUGUGGCAGCAUGAUCUCCCAGGGAAAGUGGAAUGAUGCAGUCUGCUCUGUGGCAAAUUAUUGGAUCUGUGAACAGAAACGUUAGCAGAGUCUUUAAAUUCAUAGAGGGGAGGAGAACAAUCAUAUAGUGGACAAGAUGAAGAUGUGACAUGUCCUGAGUGCUUCGUUUUGUUAAUGCUUGGGUCUACUGCAAAGCAUAGGGCUUAUGGGACAUAAUUCUGAAAAGCAGAUCAGUAUUUUUUUCAUUUAGUCCACUUCCCCAACAUGCUGUGCCCCAGAACAAAAGCAUUUCUUGUGAUCUGGUCUGUAGGGUCUAGCAUUACAUGUGGUUCGCACUCUUUCCUGGGCGGGAUACAAUUACUCAGGCUGGUAGAUCUCAGUGGCUGCUGCUUAUCCUUCCUGGCACAGGGCUGGAUUCUGACCUUAGAUUGCACCACUAUAAAUGCAGAGAUUGACCUGAUUUCAGUGGAGUCAUUCUCUACUAGUGGGGGAGAGACUGAAAUUAGGCCCUUCUGACUAAACUGUCCUUUUAUAAAUAUCACCCACCAGUUCUGGCAGGAGGAAAAUGCUUGUUUGUAAGGCACAGGGCUGGGACAGAGGGGAUCUGGAUUUUGCCUUUGACCAUCUUGUACCUUACAAUGUAAGCUCCUGGUGGCAGGGGCUAUUUCUCAUUCUCUCUCUCUCUCUCUCCAGUACCGAGCACAGCAGGGCCCCAAAUGCCAAUGGGGCCUCCAGCAGCUACUAUUGCAUCUUUAUUUCCGAGAUCACAGAUAUCUGUCUUUCAGGUGCCUACAUUCCUGGGUUUUAAAGAUUCAAAGUCCAUUUGUAUUCAUUGACUUCACCUUUCUCAGCAACAGUACAAUAAUUCUCACCAUAUUUAUUCACUUGCCUUAUUGUAUACUCUGCCCUCCUCUUCAACAACCUGUUCCCAGCAGCUUGAGGCAUUUCUUUGAUGUUCAUUAUUCAGACUAUGAAACUUUAUGUUCAUUAGAGUUCCUACAUACCAUCAAGUGCAUUGGGAAUAGCACACAGUCCCACCUGAUGCAAUGUGCUGAUUUUAAGUAAAUCUUAUAAAAGGCAAGAGGUAAGUAGGCAUUUGGGGAACUCAAAACCCAGAAAUAGAAGGACCAGGGGCUGCAGUUAUAAAGGAUCUUGCUCUAAAUAGAAAGUAUGCAGAGUCAGGCCACUUGGAGAAUGGGAAGUACAGUCAAAGACAUUAAUUCGUCCAAAAAGUGACUGUCAUGGCGGAGUCCUCCAGGAGGGCCGUGAUCUCCUUGAGGCCCCCUCUCCUUGCCAAGUCGGCCCAAGGACACCCUCAGAUUCUCGCCCACCACGUUUUUGAUGUUUAGGUAAAGUUGGGAGGCUGCCUCACGUCUCCUUGGGCAUGGUUAGUUGGGACCUCUGUCCCUGUGUUUUCCUAGACCCACCGGGGGGUCUCCCUAUACACUGGGUGCUUCCCAGGCACCCUAGCCUUAUGGGCUACACGUGGCUCCAACCACCCCUGAUACCACGCCCCAAGCCUCGCAGAUGGCAUAGACGUUGUUCUGUCUCUCUGUAUGUACACUGCCCGUCUCUUGGGCCUCCUCUAUGCACUUGCCCACUCUCUGGGGCCUCCUCUGUUGUGCUGCCCCCUCUUGGGCUCUCCGAGCCCACUCAGGGCCUCCCUGUAAUGUCGCCCCCCUCUGGGGCCUUCACAAUAGUGCCCCCGCCUGGGGCCAUCUCUGCGCCCACACUUGGGCUUCUAAAAUACCGCCCCCUGUCUGGGGCUCUCUGCACCCACGCUUAGGCUUCUCAACCUUGCUCCCUUCCUGGGGCCUUCCACACCCACUCUGGGGACUUCUUGGCUACGCCCCCUGACUCUCGGGCCCACCACGCCGCUACCCCCUUCUCCCAGGGCUCACCGCACCACUACCCCCUUCUCCCAGGGCUCACCACAGGGUUUUUGCAGUUAAGAUUCUGGUCUCAGACUCUAGUGAGAUGGAUGUAACUGUUGGCUUGUGAUCUGAUUUUAAUUCAGACUGUUAAAAUCUAUUUUCCCCAAUGUUCAUAGAGACACCAUAGCUUUUAUGGUAUAAAUUCAUCUCGGUGGUAAUUCUGUUUCCUUCAAUAUGAUGCUACUCCAGAAUCAAAGCUAGUCCUGUGAGCCUGUGCCUUAUUUUUCCCCUACAGCCGGAAAGAACUCUUGUUUCUGUAAGGCAAGGGUUUCUUAACCUGGGGAGUCACAAUGUUGACUGUUGUCAAGGAGUUACAAUGGGCCUGCAUUUCUCACUUUGCCAGUGGUGCAGUGCCCAAAAUGGAGAUGAUCUGAUUCAUUUCCCAGCUCUGUUAUCAUCUCCUUACAGGACUACAGGGAAAAAAUCAUUUACUCUGGCUUCAUUUUCGUCAUCUACAAAAAUGAGGAUAACUCUAACUUCCUCCAUCCUCUCCAUUUGGAAGGAAAGCUUCUGAGAACAGGAACUGUUUCCCCACUUUCCCUCCCUCUAGCACAGUGGAGCCCUGAAUUCAACUGGGGCUUCCAGAUCCUACUGUUGUAUCAAUUUCCCCAAAUCAUCUCUCUCCAUCUUUCAGGACCUGGUUCUGUCCGUAGACCUAGAUGUUCAGCUCUCAUUGAAGCCAGCAGGAGCUAGAAGUGUUGAGCCAAGGAAACAAUUGAUCUUUUUCCCCCUUUACACUUGAGAUUUUUGUAGCUAAAUCUGAUGGGCAGUGGCAUUCUGGAAACUAGGGCUCAAGUACUACCCUCACGAAUACCAAGCUGGCGUCAGGAUAGCCAUGCCAACUUCACAACUGCUCAUCAAAGGAGCAAUAUUCUAUCUGAUGUAGAGCCACACCCCUAAGCUGAUGUAAAUCACUGUAACUCUGUUGGAAUCAAUGAACCAAAUCCCCAGCAAACAUUUUGCAUAGCUCCACUGACUUCAAAUAGAACUAAAGUUCCUCUCCCUUGUUUUGCAUUUACCCCUCUCUAUUUCUUGACUCUUUGCUGUUCUUAACUUAGUGUUCUGCCUCCUGCAUGAUUAGAGAUGUUGUUCCUGAUGUUUUAAAAAGAUGAGAGAAAAAGAAAGUUAUAAACUGUUUUGUAAUGGAACAUAUGCAAAUUCGUAACUCGUAUGCACUGGAGCAUGCAGGCUGCAGGGACAGAGGGGCGGGGAGGGGGUUUCUAUUUCAGCCGAAGGUACGUGGAUGGAUUUACCUCAGUAACCAUGGGGGUUUGAUUAAAUGCAUGUGAAAAUAAGUGACUGAAUACAUAAGGUGUUCAUGUGAGCGUGCAUUUUUGUGUACGCAGAUGUUGUAAGGGAGCAUU